AAAAAAAAAAAAUAGCACUUCCCUAGGCGGGGCUCCCUAGUUCCGCACUACCGCAUGAACCUCAUAUUGAAACUGAUCAAAUCCCAGAAUACAGCUGAGGAGUUGUCUGGAAAAUGGGUCCGCUGCUCAUUCAUUACAGACAGACAGCUCUGUAGAAACACAUCAGGCUCGGAUUUAUCUCAGACAUGAAGAGGACGCAUUCAGUCAUGAUGGGAACUGCAUGCAGCGACUCUUCACCUUCGCCGAAUCAGAGUUCUAGUGAACCUGUCAUCCCUCUUCCAUUGGACAUAUUGGAGGAAAUCUUCCUAAAUCUGCCCCGCCAACACGUGGUGUGUGUGUGUCGAUUAGUGUGCCGCCAGUGGAAAGAUGUGGCCGACAGCGAGUCUUUUUGGAGAGAAAGAUGUAGAAGAGAGGGAUAUCAACUCCGUGAUCCUUCCAAAGUACCCAGCAACUGGAGGUUGUUUUACUUCUUGUGCAAGAAGAGGAGAAAUCUCAUAAAGAAUCCAAGAGCAGAAGAUGAAUUUCAGGGUUGGAGAAUCCUGAAGAACGGUGGAGAUAAGUGGAAAAUAGAGGGAUCUAUGGUAAAACAUUCAAAUCCAGCAGUCCAGAAAAAUUUUGUCACCUCUUAUGGUUGGUGCACAAAAGAGCAGGUGAUUAAUUUGAUGGAAGAAGGUUACAACCCAUCAUUUAUGGAUGAGUUCCAGCCACACAUCCGGAUAUCUGACUGGAUGUUGCAUGUCUUCAAGGACUAUGGGCCAGGAGUGAGAUAUGUCCGUUUUAAUCAUGGUGGCAAAGACACACAGUUCUGGGCUGGAUGGUAUGGCAUUCGUGUAACAGAAAGCUGUGUUGAAGUUUGUCCAGCAUUGGACAACUAGCUUAUUGACAUAACUGUGUUUGGAAGACAGCUCUGAAUAUUUUUGAGGACUUGAGUUAGGAAAAAUAUUUACCUUAUGGCCUUCUAAGCAAUUUUUCCUCAUUCUGUAAUGUUCUCACAAAAAACAUAAGUCAGGAAGGUUUUUAUUCUUAUAUUAUUUCCAGAUGCCAAAUGUUUAAUUAUUCUGUUAAAUCUCCCCUACACAUGCCUCAGAAUAUGUUUAAAUUGUACAAAGACGCUUUGUUAGGCUCAUAGUGAGUUAAUUUUUUAUGAUUUGGAUGUAAAUCAGUUAAGCUUUGCUUUACUUGUUUGUAGGCUACUCUAGAACUAGACACACUGCCGUACUGCUGAACUAUGUCAACUUACUUAAUCGAAAGUUCAUUAGUGAAUUAAACAGUCCUGCCUAACUUACUAAGACAAUCAAUGCAAUAUAAAUAGUUGGAAUUUCUUUAUGACUCUUUUAUGGUAUGUAUCUUAUCUGUUUUGGAAGACAAAGCCACUACCUUAAUUUCUCUUCUAGACUAAUUUGCACAUUUAAUUUUUACCGAUUGUUUUGUCUUAAUUGCAUUAAUCUGCUGCUACUUACAUGUUAGUUGAAUGUGUAUUCAUGUUAAGAUGCCUCCUAUGUAUGCGGUGUUAUGAAUUAAGAAUAACCUCAAACUUUGCACUUUAUGUAAAUGCAUAUUCUUGGUUUGCAAAAAAACCAGCCUCAUUUUAUGCAG